UAUUUACCAUGGCUGGUCUGUCAAUUCAACCUAUUGAUGAAGAAUCUGUACAUAGAAUAUGGUCAGGCCAAGUUGUUCUCGAUUUAUCAUCAGCAAUGAAAGAAUUGAUAGAAAACAGUCUUGAUGCCCAAGCUACUGCAAUAGAAAUCAUAUUCAAGGAAAAUGGACUAGAAGGUAUUGAAGUCAUAGACAAUGGAACUGGUGUGGAUCCCUCCAAUUAUGAAAAUCUCGCUUUAAAACAUCAUACCUCCAAGUUGACCGAAUUCCAAGAUCUAGAACGAAUGGAUACCUUUGGCUUUCGAGGUGAGGCUCUUGGAUCAUUAUGCGCUUUAGGAAACUUGGUGGUUGUCACAGCAACGAAGGAACAAGCUCCCAAAGGUGUACGAUUGGAAUACGAUCAUCGAGGACAUUUGAUAUCAACAACAUCUGUAGCACGAUCAGUGGGUACAACUAUACAACUUCACAACUUAUUUCACUCCUUACCAGUAAGACAACGUGAAUUCAAACGAAAUAUCAAAAGAGAAUAUGGUAAAGCCCUUGCUGUUAUUCAAACUUAUGCUAUCAUUUCCGCUGGUAUUAGGAUGGUGGCAAGCAAUCAACCAUCCAAAGGUUCGAAAAUGCGGGUCAUGUCAACGAACGGGAAUUUAACACUACGCGAAAACCUUACAAAUGUAUUUGGUGCAAAGACGGUGACACAGAUUGUCUCUUUUGAAAUAGAUUUGGUGGCAUCUACUUCUUCCGAAGAUCAUAGCAGAAAAUUGGAUCAUGAGUUUGGUUUAGUCACUGGAUUCAUAUCAAAACCACAAUUUGGUCACGGUAGGCAAAAAUCUGAUCGACAAUAUUUUUAUAUCAAUGGACGACCAUGUCAUCUUCCAAGGAUGACAAAGGCAUUCAAUGAACUUUACAGAAAUUUUAUCUCGAAUCAAUACCCUUUUGUAGUUGCCAAUUUCAAAAUACCCACUGAUUCUUAUGAUGUUAAUGUCACACCCGAUAAGCGCACUAUUUUUUUACAUCAAGAACAUCAAUUAGCGGAAAUCAUCAUGUAUGAACUAGGAAAACAAUUGGAACCAAGUCGAUCAACCUUUGGUGUCAAUCCACUUCUUUCGCAAAAUGAUAAUUCCUCAUCAACAGCAGCAGGCAGACGAUAUGACGAUAACGACAAUGACGACGACUAUGAUGAUGACGGUAACAACAAUCUUAUUUCGGAAAAAACCUCUACUACUUUGAACGUGGCACUUUUAGAAUCGUUUGCACAUAAAUCUGGAAAAGCAUAUAGACCAACAGUAUCCUCAUCAUCAACAACAUCGACAAGGAAAUCUAUAGGGGCAACAAGUGGAAAACGAUCGGGCACUAGUACCCUUCUUAACUACGUCAAGCGAGCAAAAGGAACACAUUCUCUAUGGAAAAGCACGAAUGACUCUGAUACACGAGAUGAAAUGGCAGCUACCGAUGAAUCUCAAGAUGAUGCAGGACUACCCGAUGCAACCAAAGAUGACAAUGGAAUGGAUGACGAUGAUAAUAAUAAUGAUAUUGAUGAUAUUGAAGAAAUUGAGGACUUCAGCAAAGACGCAACGAAUGAUAGUGACUUUAACUCUGAUAUAAGAUCUUCAACAACAGCAAUGCGAGGUUUAUGGCACUCUAUGAACGAAUGUGUAACUAUUGGACUACAAUUAGAACAAUUGCAUGAAAUAUCAAGGAGGGCAACAAGCGAGACGGCAACUACGGAACAAGACAAUAGGAAUAUGGCAAAAUUGACAUCCUCUUUGAAACAAGCAAGUCUUCGUUCUGACGACAACGAAGUAGCAACGGCGGCAUUGGAUCGAGUCAUCAACAAAACAGAUUUUGCACGUAUUAAAGUCCUUGGACAAUUCAAUCUUGGGUUUAUCAUUGGACUUUUGGAUGAUCAUGAUCUCUUUAUUAUUGAUCAACAUGCUGCUGAUGAAAAAUACAAUUUUGAAACAUUACAACAAUCGACACAGAUCAAUGGACAACAAUUAAUUCGACCUCAACCUAUCGAUUUAACGGCAUCAGAAGAACUUUUGGUGAUGGAUAAUAUGAAUAUAUUUAGGGCAAAUGGAUUCAAUAUACAAAUAGAUGAGAAUGGUGAACCAACAAAACGGAUCUCUGUUUUAUCACAACCAUUCAGUAAAAAUACUAUGUUAGAUAAAAAAGACAUCAGUGAACUUGUUUAUCUUAUUAGCGAAAGACCUGGGGAAAUGGUACGUUGUAGUAGAAUCCGAUCGAUGUUUGCUUCAAGAGCUUGUCGAAAAUCAGUCAUGAUAGGUGAUUCAUUAAACAAACAACAAAUGAUCAAGAUUAUUCGACAUAUGGGUGAAAUCAAUCAACCUUGGAAUUGUCCUCAUGGAAGACCAACCAUGCGACAUUUGAUGACUAUCUCAGCUAUCAAGGAAAAAGUGCCUCAACGUCGUCGACAUCCAACAUGUCAAGGAUCAUUAUUUAGUUAGAGAGUAUUAUUUCAUUUUGUAAUAAAAAUGCCUUUCCAUGUUAUUGUA